CUGUAAGUGUACUCAUCCGGUAUACCCCCUCUCUUAUACAGCAGAUGGAACGCCACCUACGAUUUGGCACACAAUGGUGGAACCGAAACUUGAAGCUGAAGAUGCAGAAAGGUUGUUCCAGAGUGCAGAGUGCGCCGAUGUUAAAUCAUUAUAUGACGAUAUCGCGCGAGUAAGAGGCAAGACGAAACAGCAGCUGGUGACUUUACUAGAUGUUGAAAAGUCUCGUCGAGCUGUCUACACCAUGAAGUCGUUACCAUGUUCAAUGAAUGAUGUUAUUAGUGUUGUGACGUCACUAGAAACGAAACAAAUUAAUUCUGACAGGUUCGCAGAACUGCUUGAACUCAUUGGCGGAGGAAAUGAAAUAGAGAAGGUUCAAUUUCAUGUCCGACGAAAAACUUCAGCGUCUCUGGACUACCCCGAGUAUAUGUUGUAUGAAAUGUCCAAGGUUAGUCAUUGUAAGGAACGUAUGGACUUCCUCAGGUUUAGGUACAGAGUACAGUGGCACCUGUUUGAAACUGAGCAACAACUCAAAGAACUCCAUACUGCAUGUGAGGAGGUUUCGAACAGUUCUGCUCUCAAAAAUCUGCUCCAGUCGUUGCUCGCCGUUGGUAACUAUCUAAACGGUGGCACGGAAAACGGUCAAGCAGACGGAUUCGGUCUGGAAGUCAUGAACAGACUCAAGGAAGUUCAGGACAGGGACGCAAAAGGUAACCUGCUGGAGUUUGUACUGAAGUUGUAUUGCCAAUGUUACGAAGUGGAAAUUGAGCUUGGAUGUCCAACCAAGUUUCGCCUUCCGGAACCUUCUAAUAUGAGACAUGCAGCGCAGGUUUCAUUUGAAAACAUCAACGAAGCUUUAUCAAACAUGAAAGCUGAAGUAAAAAGCACGAGAGAAAAGUACCUAGUCAUGUCCACAAAAGAGGCUAUGGAUACCAGGGAUAAUUUGUGGACAACUACCGAAAAUUUCAUGACAUGCGCGUUGGAGAUAAUCUUAGAAGAGGAGCGACUUUUACAAGACACACGUUCUUACUUCCGGCGAACAACCGCCUACUUCUUAAUGGAUCCAGACAUGGUUACCCCUCAGGAAUUCUUCCAGAUAUGGGCAACAUUUCUUCAUGAUUGCAAAUACUACUGGAAAUUAGCGCAUCGUAAACUAGGGAAAGAGCGUUUCGAGAUGGAUUUCAAACACAGAGGUCAACUGGUGGCAAUGUUUGAUCACAAGUUUAUGGAAACAGUCCAGAAUACUCCAGCCUCACGUCGAGCUGCAAACUUACAGAAAGAAGGAGGCAAUGCAAAGGAUAGUGUGGUCUCAAGCAAAGGGGUUAAGGUCAAUGGGUACUCUGACAGUCAUAAUUCAGACAAACCCAUGGUUGGUGCACCCCCCAAGGAUGUCUCAGCAACGUACAAAUCUCAUAUAAACGCUCUACAGGAAUCUCAUUCACCUAAACAAUUAACUUGUGAACCACCUUCUUCUGGUCUACAUAAGCCUCUCCCUAAAGCUGCUUCAACUACCUCAGUGCCCUCGGAAAACGGAAUUCCUGGCGCACAUAGUUACGAGAAUCACGAGGAUAUGGAGAGAGUGCUUACCGAGUCUCGGUCAGGUACAUCACAGUCAGACACAUUGGAAUGGGCAGGAAAAAGGAGCGAUAAACAGCAGUUUCCUUUUGUGUCCUGGCUCAAACGGGAACCUGGUAAACUAAGCAGCGCUGGUGAUAUUAAAGCUAAUGUUGAUAGUUCCCACCUGAUGUCAGAGCGACAACAACCAACUUCACAAAGCUCUACCUCUUUUUCCAAGUUCAAAAACUCGGUGGUGCAGAAAUUCACGCAUUCACCUUCUGGCAAACGGACGGCGGAAGUUGCAGGGUUGCAGGAGAACAGAGAUAUACCACAUAGUUUACCAAUGACGUCAUUACCGUCGUAUAUGCCUCUUCGUGUUGUGGUUUCUGAGAAUGAGAUAAGUCCAUAUGUAACAAGUAUUGGGAGAGACAAUAGACAGACAGCAGCCCGUUAUCAGGAAAAGUACGCAACACAACCCGGGGGUAGCUCCUCACGUGAUUAUCGGACUAAUUCUACCGAACAUAGGAACGUGCUGGACAGUCGUAUCAUGACGACGGGAGGAGGUAAGGGACGGGCUGGCUCAAAUAUAUCAACAGAAUAUGCAGGACUAUACCAUACACCGCCGUUUCAUGCCCCUGUCGACAAAGACGGUUACUCGUCUCCUAACAUAAUUACAAACACCUUAGAAAAAAGUGAUAUUAACAACAACACUACUCCGAAGAAUGCCAACCGUGAUCAUCCAGCAAACGGAGUGGUGAGGACACGUGCACCUAUCCUACUUGGCAGCAAUCUCAGCAUAUCUGACGCAUACUCACCUAGUGAUAGAGAAGGGGCUCCUACAAGACAUCCUGUAUUCGAACAAAGUGUCAGCCGUAGGAAUGAUAAACCAACACUCGCGUUUCAACACACCCCAGCCAGUGUUCCUUCGUAUAGUGCAAAACGUGUUCAUAAUUACGAAAACCAGGGUAGACUUGAAACCGGACAGGCUGUCAAACAUAGAGCCGACCCAGUCACAUUUCCUCCUACAUCGAUACCACCACCUGCGACACCAACGACGUCACACAUGAACACAUUCCCAUUAACUAGCAGAUCAAGCGUCACUCCGACGAGUUCUCAAAACUUUCCGAGUAGUACCCAAAGUACUCCUGCCAAAAGUCUUUCUUAUCAUCGAGUGCAUGAAACGCCGAUUGUGCAAGAAAGCACACCGGUUCCUAGCGCUAGACAACCGCCAGCUAAACCAUCGCGGAAUUUGCAUCUAAAUUUAGGUCAAGAUAGCCGAAAGGAUGAGAAAAAAAUAGCAGCUUCUCUUGAUAGACUUGAUAGAAAUGGACAUACAGUACCUUCUAUAUCGACUCUUAUCAAUCGCUUUGAGAAAAAACAAAACUUAUUAGAGGCUGUCAAUAAUGAAGAGAGAUUGUUAGCUAACGAUGUAGCAAAGACUCUUACAAUGACCUCGACACCAGUCGUUUACAAGCACCCACCUGGGCUAGAUCCGGAUGAAAAUGAACCGCCUCCAGUGCCUCCGCGAUCUGACCACAGUUUCCAAGACAAUUAUCCUUCUGACAGUUUAGAUAGUCGGUCGUCUCGUGGUCAUGGUCGAAAGGUUGUUAAUCUUGCAGAUAGCCAGAAUAGGUCGAAUUUUGAUUCAAACGUGACACAAAAAUAUGCGUUUGGAGACGCAAACGCUAUGACACCGCUCAGCAAUUUCGGUAAAUCGAAUCAUGUACGACAGGAGACCGGAUUAAGUGACCAGGAUGAUGGCUACCGGGAUCGCUUAAGGAAAGUUGCGGCCAGUAGCACAGUGUUCGAACGACACAACAAACAUCUCACUCCUCAGUACCAUAAACAGAACAAUCCGGUGCAGUUUAGCACACCUCAGUUCAAUCGCCAAAACAGCCAAACAACGGUUAUGUCAAUGAAUUCUUCCCAGACAUACAGUCGCCAAAGUAGUGUCACUCAGUCGCAGAAUCCAUCACAAUCUGAUAGAACGCCACAGAACUCCAGAAUUAACGGUGUACAAACACAGCCCUCCAGAACAAAUGGAAAUGUUCUCACAGUGACUAACAAACUAGGAUUAAAUCAGAGUCAAUUUCAAAAUAACCACGAGUCGAACACACAGUCACAAACACCUCACUUUUCUAAAGACAAUACUCUUCAGCAAAGGUUGGAUACGGAUGGCCGCACUCCAGCGAGUGCAAUGGCCGUCGUUUCUCCGACAGUGGUACACCAUGGCAGUGUUACAUUCAUGGAAAUAUAG